CGUGUAGAGAGGAGUUGGUUCCGCCGCUCCGCUGCACACCGGGAUUCCAGCCCCGCGGACGGACACGGCGUCUCAAUCCGGAUUUAUGGCGGCCGGGAAGUCGUAGCCACCGACGGCGGACACGUUUUUGGAGCGAAAGGACCUGACGAUGCCCCGCCGCUCCCACUGAACCGGCAACAGAACCGGAGGCAGCAGGGACCCACCCGGCCUGGCAGGUUCCAGCAGGACGUCCUCUCCGGCACGCCGGGAUUCAUCACGCUGUCCAGAGUCGACCACAUCUGAGGGUUGGAGAGUGCUCACCGCUGUUGUUCCUCAAACGCCGACCGUCCGCCGCGUCUCCAUGGAGGAGCUUCCUGUCCGGACCUAACGGGCCUAACCCGCAGCCAUGUCCGCCUGCAGCGCCUUCACGGAGCAUGUGUGGAAACCGGGCGAGUGCAAGAACUGCUUCAAACCCAAGAGCCUGCACCGGCUGGCCCAGAGCGUCGGGGGGGAGCGGAGACCCCCGCCCGGCCAGCAGCCCAGCCCCCUCCCGACGGGGACCCGGGCCCCCCAGCGGCCCGGCGGCACCGCCCGCUCAGGACACUUCCGUCCUCCGGUGGCCAAGAAGCCCACCAUCGCCGUGAAGCCCACCAUGAUGCUGCCUUGCUCCGCGGCGGGGCCGGACUCGGACCUGCAGCAGCAGCCGCUGCUGCAGAACCUCACGGGGGAGCAGGGGAAGACGUCGGCCUUCACGGUCUGGAACCGCAACGGGCUGAACCGCAAGAGGCCCGGCGGGCCGAGCAACAACAACGAGGCGGAGCGCGGUGAGGAGAUCGAGGGCUACGGGCCGCUGAGCCCGCUCAGCCCGCUGAGCCCGCGGACGCCGAGCGGGAACAACAACGGCAGCGGGCUGACGGACGUGCUGAAGGAGAUCGCCGGCCUGGGCCCCGGGCCCGGCCCCGGCCCCGGCCCCGGGCCUUCGCUCCUGUGCGGGUCAGAGGACUUGUUCUGGGGGCGGAUCAGCAGCUCGUACCGGCGCUCGUUGGAGCGGGGCGUGCCGGCAUCCAGCUGCCUGGCCGCGGGCGGCGGCGGCAGCGGCAGCGGCGGCAAACAUGUAUCCCUUAGCAACAGCGCCAAGGUCAUCAGCACGGAGGGGGGACGGUUCUGCUACCCAGAGUUCUCCAGCGAGGGAGACGGCGACGACGAGGACGAGGAUGAUGAUGAUGAUGAGGAUGACGAAGAGGAGGAUGAAGACGACACUGAGAAAGACGACGAUGAUGACGACGAGCACGAGAGCUGGGAUGAAAGUGACGAAGAGUUACUGGCCAUGGAGAUCCGGAUGCGGGGCCAGCCGCGCUUCGCCAACUUCCGCGCUGCCACCCUGUCCCCGGUGAAGAAGUGGAACACGGUGCCGCUGCGCAAGGUGUCGCUGCAGCGGAUCUGCGCCGUGGACUACGACGACAGCUACGACGAGAUCCUGAACGGCUACCCGUCGCUGGACUCCAACGGGGGCCUCCUGGCCUACGGCCCCGGCGACGCCCACGGCAACGCCUUCACGUCCACCUCGGAGUCGGCCACGUCCCCGGAGUCCUCAUCCUCGCUGCCCGAGGACUCGCGGACGUCGUCCAGCAGCGGCGGCAGCAGCGGCGGCGCCGUCAGGAACGGCGUCCACUCGCCCCGCAAGGCCCCGUACUCCCCCCCUCCCCGCCCGGCGGGGGCCGACACCCACAAGGCCGUGCUGGCCAUCCGGCUGGAGGAGCGGGAGGGCCUGCCCAUGCCCCAGGCCCUGCCCGGCCAGCCCGUCACCAUCAGCUUCUCCCCCACGGAGGAGCAGCCCCGGCCGUACCGCGUGGUCAACCUGGAGAAGUCCCUGAUCUGCAAACCGUACACCGUGGUGGACGUGUCGGCGUCCAUGGCCGCCAAAGACGAGAAGGUUCCAGACUCCUGCAAGCCCUCCAGCCCUUCCUCCUCCGGUCCCGUCCCGCAGCUGCUCCCCGCCUCCCCGUCCUCGCCCCCGGCCCUUCUGUCCCCGCGGAAGAAGUCCAGCAUCACCCGCUACGAGGAGGUGUGGACGUCCAGCACCAGCCCCCGCCAGAAGAUCCCCCGGGUGGACCUCGGGGUCGGGGGUCACCCCGGCCCAUCCAGGACCACUCCGUUCUGCAGCCACAAGUCGGCGCCCACCUCCCCCAUCGCCGGGCUGUCGUCCUCCUCCAGAACCGUCCCGGUCAAGUCCCCCAACCUCUCGGAGAUCAAGUUCAACAGCUUCAACAACGCCGGCAUGCCGCCGUUCCCCAUCAUCAUCCGGGACGAGCCGGCGUACGCGCGCCGCGCCAAGAACGCCGUCAAGGUGCCCAUCGUCAUCAACCCCAGCGCCUACGACAACGUGGCGGUGUACAAGAGCUUCCUGGGGCUGCACGGCGAGCCGCCGCCGUCGGUGCCGGCCAACGGCGCGGGCCGGGCGGCCAGGGCCAGCCACACCUACGAGGAGAUCGGCUCCUCGGAGAGCGUGCAGUCCUCGUCCACGGAGAAGACGCUCUCCGGGCGAGGGACGGCGGAGCGAACCUCCUUCGAGGAGACCAGCCCGCCGCCCAGAACCGCUGCCGAUCCCGGCACUUUAGCGAGCCCGGCGACGAGCUCGGGCGCCGCGGCCGCCGCCGCCAGAGCCGCCACUCCGACCUCACCGGCCAGUCCUCCUGCUGUCCUCACCUUCACCGCCAGUCCCGUGGACGCCGCCAGCCUUAGAGACGACGGCGGAGCCUCCACCCCGUUCUCGACCCCGCGCCGAGAGGAGGCCAGUGCCGUGUUGUCCCAGAUCGUGGCCUCCAUCCAGCCCCCCCAGUGCCCCCCCGAGUCCUCCUCGGCCCACGACGACACCAGCAGCUCCGAGGAGCUGUACGCCCUCCCCCCCGACGCCGGGAAGGACACGCUCACCCGGCCCAAGUCCCUGACCUCCGCCACCGAGCCCAAGAAGGACAGCCCCGCCAAGAUCCUGUUAAAGUCCCAGAGCGCCUCGGCGGCCGUCCCGCUCUCCCCCCAGUCGGAGCCCGGCGCCCCCUUCCCUCCCCCCAGGUCCACGUCCACCCCCAACCACGCCUCCAAUAUUCUCCAGAGGCAUUUUGGUAACUGGACGAAGGGCUCCGGGUCCAGCUCCCCGGCUCGACCCGGCGGGGGGGACGGCACCCCCGUGGGAGAGGCCAGGCGCGUCUCGGCAGAAAGCUCCAAACCCAAACGCUGGAUUUCCUUCAAGAGCUUCUUCCGUCGACGGAGGGAGGAGGACGAGCAGAAGGAGAAGUCGGAGAAGGAGAAGGGGAAGCUGGUGGGGCUGGACGGGACGGUGAUCCACGUGCUGCCGCCGCCGCCCGCCCAUCCCCAGAGCUGGUUCACCGAGGCCAAGCCGGAGGACCCCAGCGGGAAGCCCACCAUCAUCUUCACCUACAGGCCCGACGCCGCCGGCAGCUCCGGCCCCGGAGACGGGCAGCUGCGGGUGGAGGAAACCCGGGAACCGGAGGAGAGGAAGAAGCUGAACGCUUCCAGCCCGGGCCAGACGCAGCCUUCAGAAACGUCCGGGGGAGACGGCGCCAGCAACGACCGCAGCCAGGUACCGGCCGGCGGAGCCAGCGAUCCAGAGCUGCCCAGCGUCACCUCGCUCCCUGCCAAAGUGAAUCUGGGCCUGCCGUUCAGGGACGGAGAGUAUUGCCAUGCCAACCAGGCUGCCAAUCCGGCUUCGGCCAGCGAGGGCAGCGCCAGCCUGGGAGAGCCUGAAGAGGACGGGAAUCUCUCUCAUCACUCCGUCUCUCCCGCCUCCAGCCAGUGCAGCGCCACCUACACCAACCUGGGUCAGUACCGGGUCAGCAUGAUCCCGCUGAAGCAGCCCCGUAACGGCAAGGCCUCCACGGACACGCUGGCCUCCGACCUGGACGGCUCCGACCAGCCCCCGCCCAAGGCCACGCCCCCGCCGCUGCCCAAGAAGGCCUUCCCUCGCUCGGGCACCGAGCCCAGCCUGGGGGGCAAAGAGCCCCCGAGGCGGCGCGCCGAGGCCCGGCCCGGCGGCACCAACCUCAGCGUGGCCAACCCCCUCUACGACCUGGACUCCCCCUGGGAGACGGGCAGCCAGAGCUCGUCCCUCAGCUCCGAGCCCCAGCGGCCUCACGACCACGAGAGCGCCGACUCCCUGGAGAGGCCGCCGGCUCCCCGGCCGACGACCAGCGCGUCCUCGCUGGCUCCUCCGGACCGGAGGGUCUUCCCGGGCCGGGAGUCUCUCCCGGAGAGGGGCCGGGCCGCGGGGCGGGGCGUUCCCGCCGCCAGCGCUGCCGCUAGCUCCAAGACGCACAGGCCGGCUCUGUUCCGCGGGCUGGACAGCUGGGACGAGGUGGUGGGCCGGAUCCGCGGGCUGCACACGGACACGCUGCGGAAGCUGGCGGCCAAGUGCGAGGACCGCUUCAUGGCGGGCCAGAAGGACCACCUGAGGUUCGGCACCGACAGCUGGUCCCACUUCAGGCUGACCACGGGGAAACCGUGCUGCGAGGCCGGCGACGCCGUCUACUACACCGCCUCCUACGCCAAGGACCCGCUGGUCAACUACGCCAUCAAGAUCUGCCGCAGCCACAUGAAGGAGACGCAGCAGCAGUUCUUCCACAGCCUGGCCGUGCGGCAGAGCCUCCCGCUGCACUUCAACAUCCAGCAGGACUGCGGCCACUUCCUGGCCGACGUCCCGGGCCGGCUGCUGCCCUGGGAGGAGGACGAGGAGGGCGGGGGGGGCGAGGGCGGCGGUGGCCCGGCGGAGGCGGAGACGGACCCCAGGACGGGCGGUAGAGUCGACGAGGCGGGUGGCGGCGCGGCCGCGGGGACGGGGACGGGCCGCCUGCGGAGCCGCGUGGUGGUCAUCACCCGCGAGGUGCCGUUCCAGACGGUGGCGGACUUCGUCAGGGAGGGCGAGGCGCGGCACGCCGGCAGCCCGGAGCUGUACGAGCGGCAGGUGUGCCUGCUGCUGCUGCAGCUGUGCUCGGGCCUGGAGCACAUGAAGCCGCACCACGUCACCCACUGCGACCUGCGGCUGGAGAACCUGCUGCUGGUGCACUGCCAGCCCGGGAACCCCUGGAACCUGGACCUGCUGGAGCCCAACAACAACAGCAGCAGCAGCUCGGGCCCGGGCCCCGGUGCCGCCGCCACGGCCGGCCCCGCCCGCCUCAUCAUCAGCAACUUCUCCCAGGCCAAGCAGAAGAGCCGGCUGGCCGCCACGGACCCCGGCGCGCUGCGCGACCAGUCCCGGCUGGCGCCCGAGAUCAUCACGGCCACGCAGUACCGCAAGUGCGACGAGUUCCAGACGGGGAUCCUCAUCUACGAGAUGCUGCACCGGCCCAACCCGUUCGAGGAGUCGCCGGAGCUGAAGGAGCGCGAGUACACGUGGGCCGACCUGCCGGCGCUGCCCGCCCGCUCGCUGUACUCGCAGGGCCUGCAGCAGCUGGCGCGGCUGCUGCUCACCGUCAACCCGUCGGAGCGGAUCCGCAUGGCGGAGGCGCGGGCCUGCCUGCAGGGCCUGCUGUGGGGCCCGCGGGAGGACCUGUUCCAGGCGCUGGGCUGCGGCGCCGGCGCCGGCCCCGCGGCCCCGCGCCAGGCCGCGCUGCAGAACUGGCUGGACCUGAAGCGGACGCUGAUGAUGAUCAAGUUCGCCGAGCGCUCGCUGGACGCGGCGUGCAGCGUGAGCCUGGAGGACUGGCUGUGCUGCCAGUACCUGGCGCUGGCCAGCACCGAGUCGCUGGGCCGGGUGGUGCACAUCCUGCAGCCGCCGCCGGCACCGGCGCCGCACGGCCCGGGCGCGGCAGCACACCUCACAAACACCCUCCACUUGACUCAGACGCAGCCGCUCUGAGCUCCUCUGCUCAUCUGUUACCGUGGCAACAGAGCCAACUCUCCCCCCGUGUGGUCCCUUAUGGGCUCAAAUUAAUGCCAUAACUAUUUUGU